AUGUAUCUUGCAAAUAUCCUUCCCUGGGUCCUUCUGCCGUUAGCGGUCAUUGCAGAUGCCACUACCGGACAGUCUCAUCGCCGAACAUGUAUUGUCAAGGCAGGAGGUUCCGAAUCAAUUGAUGAUACGCCUGCUAUCCUCAAAGCCUUUCAUAAAUGUGGAAAAGGGGGCAGGAUCGUCUUCCAGAAUACCACAUACCAUGUCAACAGCGUGAUGAACACGAGCGGACUGCACAAUUGUGACAUUGACCUUUAUGGCACACUUUUGUGGGGAACCAACAUCUCGUACUGGCUCUCACACUCCCUGGACGUGGGCUAUCAGAAUCAGUCCACUGCAUGGGUGAUAGGAGGCAAGAAUAUCCGCUUCAACGGCCACGGAUACGGCACAUUGAACGGCAACGGACAGGUGUGGUAUGACUAUGUCAAGAGUGUGUCGAACUAUCCUCGCAGGCCGCACGCCCUCACCGUCGCGCGAGCAUCAAACUCGGUCUUUCAGGGCUUGAGAUUCCUGCAAAGUCAGAUGUGGACUUUAUCUGUGAUUCACUCGGAUCAUAUCCUCUUCGACUCAAUCUAUGUGAACAGCACAACCACCAACGGCAACUCGGCUCGUAAUUCGCACAUUACCUUCAAUAACUGGACGGUCGUCAACGGCGACGACAGCAUCAGCACCAAGGCCAAUUCCACCGACAUUCUCAUCACAAACUCGGUCUUCUACCGGGGCCUUGGCAUCGCCAUUGGCAGUAUCGGCCAGUACAAGGACGUCUUCGAGACCAUCGAGCGUGUCCGAGCCGAGAACAUCACGUAUUACGGCACACUGCACAGCCUCUACUUCAAGACCUGGACAGGCGAGCAGGUCAAUUACCCGCCCAACGGCGGAGGCGGCGGCCUUGGCUGUAAUCACCCUUUGCCCAUUCCCCUUUUCUUGAAUGUUCGGGCCUCCCUUCUGACGUCUGCCAUUACAACAGAUGCCUCAGAUAUAUCCGCCUCGAAUCUCCACGCCUACAAUCUGCGCGGGGCCCCCUUCACCAUCUCGCAGUGCACGACGUUUGCACGCGCGCCGAGCAACUGCACCUCGUCCAAGUUUCAGAUCCGGGAUUUGCGCAUUGAGGAUGUCACGGGAUCGUCCAAGACGGACGUGGUGGCCAGCUUUCAGUGUAGUGCCGUCAAGCCCUGCACGGAUAUCCAGAUUCGAAAUGUGAAUUUGCAGCUGUCGAAUGGGACGAUGGCGGAUGAGUAUCUGUGUGGUAAUGUCGAGGGUACUCGGGGGUUUAACUGCACGGGGAAGGCGUGUGAGAAACCCAGUGCUACAGGAGGGUGUUAA